CAUGGAGUCAACGUCGUGGGUAUUCCAAGUAGUUCGAUAAUCAGAUAAGCCUCGAGACCGCAUCGAGACCCGGGAGGCCCGGAUGAACCAAUGGGCGGCGUUGUCCUUAUCUGAUACAUCGUUUUCCCUAUCAGAUAAAUUUUUUGCCCCCCUAAAAAUAGCUCAUCUGUCAAUGUCCGCGCAACGACGAACUGACCCGUGCUCCAUUAUGUUGACCUCCUUUUAAAUAAUACCAGAUUUAAAUGGUGCCUCGGACCUGCCUUGCAUCUGCUUAUCCUUCUACUCCCAGGUGGUAGCGUCGCUCAAGAUGUGGUCGCCUUUUUCACUGGCCCCAUUGCUGUUUGCUUCUCCCGUCCUCGCCGGUGUCCAAGAACUCUGGUGGAACAUAACAUACGUCGAGGAUGCCAAUCCAGACGGUCUGUUCAGUCGCAGAGUUGUAGGCAUCAACAAUACUUGGCCCAUACCGGUGAUUAACGUUUCGACCAACGAUUCACUCAUCGUUCAUGCCACGAAUUCGCUGGAUGAAGUGUCGACUCUUCAUCACCAUGGCAUGUUCUUCAACUCGACAUCAUGGAUGGACGGCGCCGUGCAGGUCUCUGAAUGCGGUAUUCCACCUGGCGGAAAAUUCGAUUACGUCGUGCCCAUCAACUCUUCUGGCCAAUGGGGAACAUAUUGGGUGCACGGUCAUGCAAAGGGACACUAUGUUGAUGGCUUGCGCGGGCCCGUCGUAAUUCAUCCUUCGCAAGAAGUUCACUCGUACGACGAAGAAUUCAUCAUCAUUCUCGCCGACUGGUACCAUGAACAGCAUGCAGAGCUAUUGAAGCAAUUCAUCAACAUCGCCAACCCUGGUGGUGCCGAACCUGUACCCCAAUCUGGUUUGAUCUACUUCGCUGCUCAAAAUGGUUCUUAUCUUGUGCCCAUUUCGGGAACUUCUCCUGCUGGAGUAACAUCAGCUGUCGGGUUCAAUGAGAACGCCACCCUCCCGUUCGAAGCUGGUAAGACCUACCGUCUUAGGAUCUUGAACACGGGCGCUUUCUCGAUGUUCUACUUUUGGAUUGAUGGACAUGAAAUGCGCAUCAUCGAGGUUGAUGGGACUGACGUCGAAGAAUCACCCGCUGAUCUGCUCAGCGUCGCUGUUGCUCAACGGUACUCUAUUCUUGUCACGGCUCGUAAUGAUACCAACGCCAGUAACUGGGCUAUCCACGCGAACAUGGACACUGCCAUGUUCGAUACUGUUCCAGCCUCGUUGAACCCCAAUGUGACUUCAUCCAUCACGUAUUCUUCGUCUGCUUCCCUUACCGAUCUCGGAACCAUUGAUGCCUACGCCGAUGUCAAUGAUACAGCACUAGUCCCUGUCGAAGUCAUCGCAGCUCCCACAUCCAACAAAACGAUCGAUCUAGAAGUCAGCUUCGACACCAUGGAUGAUGGAACGAAUCACGCCAUGUUCAACCAGAUCACCUACAACUCUCCAGAGGUACCUGCUAUCCUGAGCGCCCUCAGCUUGGGAGACAACGCUACCGUUGAGAGUGCGUAUACGCCUCUCAGUUUCGUCGUAGACUAUGGGGAUAUUGUCGACAUCGUGAUCAAGAAUGGAGACGCAGGGAAGCAUCCUUUCCAUUUGCACGGGCACAAACCCAUGAUCGUUGGACGUGCUACAGAUUACACAUCUAACGAUCCCCUUUUGAAUCCACCUAUUGUUGAAGGUCAAGCGAACCCUAUACGUCGUGAUACAAUCCACAUCCCUUCAAUGGGUUCUGCAACUCUCCGUGUCGUCGCGGAUAACCCCGGAACAUGGUUCCUCCAUUGUCAUAUCGAAUGGCAUCUUCAAGUCGGUCUUGCCAUAACUCUGAUUGAGGCCCCGCUUGUCGCUCAGCAGCGCAACCACGUCCCACAAGCAAUAUACGACAACUGCCAAGCCUUGGGCACGCCGUUCUCGGGUAACGCCGCAGGACAUGAUUCAACGACUGAUCUCAGCGGCUUGACCUUGGGACCAUACCCACAAAAACUUGGCUGGCAUUCAAAAGGUAUUGGUGCUAUGGCUGGCUGUGUUCUGACUGCUCUUAUUGGUAUGAUUACUGUCGUGUGGUAUUCCACGGGUGGGUAUAUUUCCGAAGAAGAGAUCGAACACGAGGUGAGGGAGAGCAUUGAAGCGAAGGCAAAGCGAGGAAAGUUCUUUGGUCUGUUGCGACCAAGGCAGGUUGGUAAUUGAUUUAUUUUAAAUGACCUUGUGUGUAUCUUCAUGUAUGAACGAAAACGAAUUUAAAGGGCUCUUAAUUUUGGUUAAUUUU